AUGGCGAUAUUAUCGGACCACGAUUCAGAACCUACACUUAAGCGUAGAAAGAUCCGCAAGGGUACGCAGAGCUGCUGGGAAUGCAAGCGACGCAAGGUUCGAUGUUCGGGCGAACAGAUCUGCCAGAACUGCCAACGUCGUGGUACGCCUUGUAUCGGUCAGGACUUACCUGACGAGCCUCAAUCUGCCGAGAUCAGUGUUCUUACGCCAGACCAGGAUGCCAAUUCGACCGCGACUACGCGCUCACUAUAUGCCACGCCUAGCUCGAACAACACGGGGAGUGAUGAUCUGGAACAAGCCCUUCGAUCAGCGUGGCCGAGUCAACAUGAGAUUGACCUCAUCACAAAAUUGCCGAUUGGCUUGUCGGUGUUCUUCCACAAUGGCGUCUGCACAUUGUACAACAACCCCACGAGUCAACAAUCAUCUCCAGAAGACAUCCUGCAAUUACCACCACGAGGUUCACACCCUGUGCUGAUAGCACGAAGCCUUCUACUGCUCGGCAAUUACUUGCAGGGAAUCGUGCUCCCUGAUGGCCGGUCAUCACCAAAGCCGGGAUCAAAGUACCACAACAUCAUGUGUCAUGCUGUUGAGACUGCCAUCAAGCUCGUCACAAAGAACGAAGAUCUCGUCAAUUCUGUCGAAGGCAUAGAAUGUAUCAUGCUAGAAGCCGCCUACCAAAAUUAUGCUGGAAAUCUGCACCAAGCUUGGAUGGCAGUGCGAAGAGCGACGACUACUUCACAAGUACUUGGAUUGCAUCGAUGCGUCAGCUCUCCAUCGCUGAAGUUCCUUGAACCGCAGACAAGGACAUACUUCAACGCGGAGAUGACCUGCUUUCGAUUGGUCCAGAUGGAUGCGUAUCUCGGUCUCGUGCUAGGACUGCCACGGAGUUCGCUCCAAGCUCAUGGUAACCUCGAAGACUUACAAAAGUUUCAGCCAGUAGAUCGAAUAGACCGCAUACACUGUCUAGUGGCAGAUCGCAUCCUCCGACGCAAGGGUGACGACCUGUCUGAAACUCAGGAAUUGGAUUUGCUCUUAGAAAAAGCAGCAUCUGAUAUGCCAUCUCAAUGGUGGCUCAUGCCUGAUCUAUCGCCUGGUAGCUGCACCGAAAGUGAGCUUGCGCGCGAUACCAAUCGUCUCAUGACACAAUUCUCUCAGUACCAUCUGCUGAUUAGGCUGCAUCUGCCAUACUUGAUGCGCUCCUCUUUCGGAGGGUAUGGCGACUAUAGCAAGAUGACAGCUGUGAAUGCUAGUAGGGAGACGCUGAGUCGUUACCUGGCCUUUCGUGUCAACAACCCUGCGCACUUUUACUGCCGUGGGACCGACUUCCUUUGCUUCAUCGCUGCAACGGUCCUGUGCCUUGCACAUAUCGAAUGUUGUAGAUCCCGGCAAACGCAGCCCAGCAGUCAAAACGCCUUCAGCCUACUCGUGCAUACCCGAUCUAGCGACAUUGGUUUGGUGGAAAAGAUCACCGAGAUCAUACAAUCAAUCGCACAAGACUUUGACGAAGAUGUCAUCGCAUCCCAGAUCCUUUGCGUCCUCAAUCAAUUGCUGAAAAUUGUGGGCAGGGUCGCAAAUGGUGUGAGUUAUGGAGUUGAAGCAGGUGACGGUGUAGGCGAAGGCCUCGCAUAUCACGGCGAGGAGACGGACGGCGGUGAAGGGCUGCAACUGCAGAUUCCGCACUUCGGCACUAUCGAAUUCCUUCGCCAUGGUAUACAGCGAUCUGGGCCAGUAACGACCGUGUCUCAAGAUCCGACUCUUUCAACUGGCGAGGGGCUUGACUUCCUGAACGUGAAUGGUUCAAGCAUGGCUCCUGUUCCAGGGAUCGAUGGCGAGUGGGACAUGCAGGGUAUUGACCUGGCAUUAUUCGAAGGGCUGUUUGGCGAGUCAAGCGUGCUGGAUGCGACAGGCACAUUGAGCUGGAUGUAG